UAAUGGUUGUAGUUUAUUCGCUUUUCUGAAACUGUAUGUGUAACGUGUGUUUGUAAUCUGUCAGCACGCGGACGACUUCCACAAUAUACAUAUUCCAAUAGCUUUGUAAUGGGAGAACGCGAAAGAGCUUGACAGAAACUUAUUUUAAGUAUAUUACAAGUUAAAGAAGAUUUUCGACUACGAAAAUGAGUACCAUACUAGAGAAGAUCGCAUCGAUCGAGGCCGAGAUGGCUCGCACUCAGAAAAAUAAGGCAACAUCAGGCCAUUUGGGUUUGCUGAAAGCUAAAUUGGCCAAAUUGAGACGAGAACUUAUUACUCCAAAAGGUGGUGGAGGCGGUGGAGAGCAGGGUUUUGAAGUGGCUAAAACGGGUGAUGCUAGAAUAGGUUUUGUCGGUUUUCCUUCUGUUGGUAAAUCUACGCUAUUGAGUACACUUGCUGGAGUCUAUUCGGAAGUUGCAGCAUAUGAAUUUACAACUCUUACUACUGUUCCUGGUUGCAUAAAAUAUAAGGGUGCAAAGAUACAAUUACUUGAUUUGCCUGGUAUCAUCGAAGGUGCAAAAGAUGGUAAAGGACGUGGAAGACAAGUUAUUGCAGUUGCAAGAACUUGUAGUUUAAUAUUUAUCGUUCUGGAUGUACUGAAACCGCUUGGCCACAAGAGAUUAAUCGAACACGAACUGGAAGGUUUUGGACUUCGUUUAAACAAACAACCACCGAACAUUACUUUCCGCAAGAAGGAUAAAGGUGGCAUUAAUUUUCAAACCACGUGUGCACAGUCAGAACUUGACUUAGAAACAGUGAAGAGUAUUCUAUCUGAAUAUAGAAUUCACAAUGCGGAUAUUACUUUACGAUACGAUGCCACAUCUGAUGAUCUAAUCGACGUCAUCGAGGGAAAUCGUGUCUACGUACCGUGUAUUUAUUUGCUCAAUAAAAUAGAUCAAAUUAGUAUCGAGGAACUAGACAUCAUUUAUAAAAUACCUCAUUGCGUACCGAUUUCUGCUCAUCACAAGUGGAAUUUUGAUGACCUCCUUGAAAAAAUGUGGGAGUAUUUACAGUUGGUUAGAAUCUAUACGAAACCAAAGGGACAAUUACCAGACUACAACUCCCCGGUAGUAUUGAACAGGGAGAAACGAACGGUCGAAGAUUUUUGUAAUAAACUACAUCGAUCUAUCGCAAAAGAGUUCAAAUAUGCUCUUGUAUGGGGAUCGUCCGUCAAACAUCAGCCACAAAAGGUUGGGAAAGAUCACAUAUUAUGCGACGAGGAUGUCGUGCAGAUUGUGAAAAAAGUAUAAUUUUACUUAGUAUUUUAUUUGAUUUUCCCUAUGUUAGUAGGGAAUAGAACUACUAUUAAUUAUGAAAGAAUUUUUAUAGUUCAUCUUUUGUAAUUAAAAGCUUUAUUUUAUAAUUACAA